AUGAUCACAUUGGCAAGAACAGCCCUUCGCGCGCGUGCGGCGCCCUCGCCGUUCCGCCAUGCUGCCGCUCUCCGCUUCCAGUCGACCUCGGUCUCGCACGACCCCAUGACCGGCGAAGCCACGGGCCUCAAGCAUCUCGAUGCCUCGGCCGUCGUCGUCACCCAGUCCAACGCACCUCGCACUCCUCCACCCUCGCAGAGUCUCGUCUUUGGCGCCAACUUCUCCGACCACAUGCUCUCCAUCCCUUGGAACAGCGGCAACGGUUGGGAUGCGCCCAAGAUCCACCCCUACUCGCCGUUGCAACUCGAUCCGAGCGCCGUCAUCUUCCACUACGCACCCUCGCUCUUCGAAGGCAUGAAAGCGUACAAGGACGUCAACGGAAAAGUGCGCCUCUUUCGACCGGACAUGAACAUGAAGCGCAUGAACACGUCGGCUGCGCGCAUCGCCCUCCCUACGUUUGAGGGCGAGCAGCUGAUCUCGUUGAUCAAGAAGCUCGUUGCAAUGGACAAGGGGUGGAUUCCUUCGGAGCCCGGGCACUCUCUGUACAUCAGACCAGCGUUGAUCGGGACAGAAGCGGCACUCGGUGUGCACCCGACAAAGGACGCACUGCUGUUCGUCAUCUGCUCCCCUGUCGGACCGUACUACAAGACUGGGUUCAAACCUGUCGCACUCGAAGCGGAUCCAAACAAGGUACGCGCCUGGCCUGGUGGCACGGGUCAGUACAAGCUCGGUGGAAACUACGCGCCCGGUAUCCUGCCCCAGUUGGAGGCCGCGAGGAGAGGCUACCAGCAGAACUUGUGGCUCUUCGGCGAGGAACACUGGCUCACCGAGGUAGGCACAAUGAACCUCUUCGUCGCACUCAAGAAGGGUGAUGGGGUGGAACUCGUCACUCCCCCACUGAACGGUAUGAUCCUCCCCGGUGUGACCAGGGACUCAAUCCUCCACAUCGCAAAGGAUCACGUCAGCGGCAAGUACCCCAUCGACUCGCUGCCCAAGAACCUCACCGUCUCGGAGCGCGAGAUUAGCAUCCACGAGGUCAUCAAGGCGGAACAGUCGGGCGAGCUGAUCGAGAUGUUUGGCGCUGGAACGGCUGCUGUCGUCAGUCCUGUGGAUCGGGUCGGGUACAAAGGCAAGGAUAUUAAGAUCCCGGCUGGUGAUGGAAUUGGGCCGAUUGCAAAGGCGAUGUUGGAGAGGAUCACCGAUAUUCAGCUGGGCAAGGUCGAGCAUGAGUGGAGCGUUGUGGUUGACGAAGUGUAG